AAAUCACUUUUUUUGGCCCAUUGCCAAUUUUGUUUCAUUUUUAUUUUUGAUAUUCAAGUGAAACAGUGUGAAUUUUAAACCAUUGUUGCGCACCAACUAGUCAAGAUGGGCAAAGCGGAAUGCAUUAGCUACGAUGACAACCAUGUGCCAUACAUUGAUCUGGGCAGUGCGCGGAUACGCAUGGAAAAGGAGCAGGCGCCCGACUGGGCUCUCCAGAAGGCACAAGACGAGCUGCGCGAGCUGCCCGGCAUUAAAGAGCAGGCCAUCAAGGAGCUGAGAGAGCUGAUACAAAAUGAGAAGCACCUGACCUUGCCGCUGGAUGAUGAGUAUAUGAUGAUGUUUUUGCGUCCUUGCCAUUAUUAUCCCGAGAGUGCGUUGAAGAGACUUAAGAACUUUUACAAUAUGAAAUCCAAGUAUGGCAUCGCCUGUGAGAACAUUGUGCCAUCGAAGCUGAAGAAUGUGUUUGAGGGCGAGAUCUUAAAUCUGUUGCCCAAUCGAGAUCAGCAUGGUCGUCGGAUACUCGUGCUGGAAGCGGGCAAAAAAUGGAAACCAUCGAAGGUGCCGCUUGUGGAUCUGUUUCGUGGCAUACAGCUCACCGUGCUGGGCUCCAUGGUGGAGCCGCUUUCACAAAUCUGUGGUGCCGUUGUCAUAAUUGAUAUGGAAGGUCUACCUUUGAGCCACAUAACACAGUUCACGCCAUCGUUUGCCGCCAUGCUGUUGGAUUACGUUCAGGAGUGCAUAUGCAUGCGCCUGAAGGCCGUUCACAUUGUGAACAAUUCGUACAUCUUUAAUAUGCUCUUUGCCAUAUUCAAGCCCUUCAUUCGCGAGAAGCUGCGCAAGCGCAUCUUCUUCCAUGGCAAGGACUGGAAGGCGUUAACGUCGCACAUUGAUGCCAGUGCUUUGCCACCCAAGUAUGGAGGCACUGCCACAUGGGAGCUGCCGCCCGGCCCGCUGCUCGGCGAGUUCUUUGACUGCUACUCGAAGGACUAUGAACAGGCCGACAGCUAUGGCUAUGAUGAGGGCUACAAGAUGUCAAAGAAAUAAUUUAAAUAUCUCUGUCAUACCUCAUUUUUGUUUGUAUCGUAUUUUAUAUCAAUAAGUUGGGUCAUUUGUGAUAUUGCAAAUAUUGUUGUACUUUUGUAAUUUGUAGUUAUUUUCUCUAGAGUAUUCAAACAGAACAUCGGACGCCUAAAUAGGGUUUGUUUUUGCUAAGGUUUAUUGUACUAUAUAGCUUAAGUAUCUGUCUUAUGUGCAUAUGUAUGUAUGUUUGUAUACGUUUAUUCUAAUGAUUGCUGAAGUUGACGUAAUAAAAAUCAA